AUGUCUCCUCCCUCACUGCCUUCCAUUCCUCCCCGAGCCGCCUUGUCGAGUCGCCUCCUUGCCUCUGCACCCCUCUCCCCCUCCUCUGCUACCUCCGCACCAGCGUCCUCCAUACCUGCCGAUGCCCUCGCAGCAUUAGGAGAUCAUUCAAGAAGCCGGACAAACCCGUUUGGAUCGCACGUGGUUCUUCCCGGUUCCAGCAACAGGAGUGUGGCUGGGUUGCUGGUGGAAGAGGAGGUGAUUGGUGUGGCUGCAGCAGGUAUUGUGGCCGAUGCUGCUGCGAUCGCGGGCAGAGAAGCAGGGGCAGCAGGAGGAGCAGCAGGAGGAGGGGGAGCAGCAGCAGGACCGGGGACACACGCUAUGGAGUUGAUUAAUCCUAGCGCGGAGUUCUGGGCUGCUGGGUAUGGGAUGGCUGAUUCAGAUGAGCAGCGGUGCGGCAAGAGGAGCCGUAUGCACACUCCUGAGCCUCAGGGGGCGGGUGAGGGGAGUUUCGGAACCUCUGAAAGGCGGUAUUCGCAAGAGGCAGGAGAGGAGAAGGAUGAUUCUGGAAGGGAGGAUGGUAGCGGGGAGGAAGGUGGAAGGGAGAAUGUUGAUGAGGAUAUUAACCUCUCUGCUGCUUUUAUGCACAACCUGAAUCUGCAGCAGGGGCAGCAGCAGGGGCAGCAGGAGGGGCAGCAAGAGGGACAGCAAGAGGGGGAACAGCAGCAUAUGCAGCAGCAGGAGCAGUCGGAGCAGCAGCAGCAGCGGCUGCAGCAGCAGAAUCAGCAGCAGCAGAGGAGGCAGGGAGUGAAUCUGGAGAGGUGGAGCAGCGCCGUGCUUCCAAGCGUGGGGAUUGAUGCCAGCAGCGCAUGGCUGACCAGUGAGGAGCCGCCACGUGUCCCAACUGAGGCCAGGAUUCAUCUCGAGGAGGUUUGGGCGUCUUGGGAGCAGCAGCAGCAGCAGCAGCAGCAGCAGCAGCAGGAGGGAUGGCCGCUACAGGGAACAGCCAGGAAAGCACGGAGAGAGAGGGAGGAGCGAGAGGAGAGGGAUAUGGAAGAGAUCGAGGAGUGGGAGGAUCGGCAGAAGCAGCAGGAGCUGGUAAAGCAGGUGAAGCAGGAGCAACAGGAGGAGCAGGAGGAGAAGGGGGCUCAUGCAAUGCAGGAUGGAGCGAGCUUUCCUAGUGUGCACGUCCCACAAGCAGCAGACCCGAUCUCCACGCAGCUAGGGAGCCUUCUCAACGACUUCAUGCCUAUCCCAGACGUCCCUCACGCUCCCUCUGCCCCGACCUGCUCACCCCAGCCCCCCUCGCUUGCUGCGUCUGCCUUCCAGCCUUCCCACUGGCUUGAGAUUCCUGUUCCCAGCGGCGCCUCUCCCUUAAACCCGAUUAGUCCAGGCCCUUUUGCAGCAGCUGCUGCUGCUGCUGUUGAGGCUGCUGCUGCUGCUGCUGCUGCUGCUGCUGCUGGUACUGCUGCUGGGGGAAUCGCAAGUGUACACCCUGGGACGGAGGGUUCUUCCCAUGGGUACCCUACAGAUAUGAUCGGAGCCCUUGCCCUCGCUCGUGUCCACUCUGCUGCCUUCUCUGCUGCUGGUGGUGGUGCUGCUGCUGGGGGAAUUGCAACUCUACCCCACGGACUGGAGGGAUCCCCCCCCAAAUACCCUAUAAACGCGAGUGGAUUGCUCUCCCUCGCUCGCGCCCAUUCUGCCGCCUUAUCGACUGCUUUCUCCUCUGCUGCCUCUGCAGCCACACCUAACACUCCAUUCCACGCUCCAAGGGCGCUUCCCACCUCUUCAGCAGCAGGAGUGGGAGCCGUGGCUGCAGGCACCCCCUCUGUUGGUUUCUCUAGGGCACGUGCUUAUAACGAGCGCGAUCGUGACGAAUUCGCUGCAGGAGGCGGCAUGGAGGAAGCCGAAAGCAGGCGGCUGGCUUCUGGGCAGUCCAUGGAAGACCUGGUUACCAUGUUACCCAUGUUACCAGCGCUCCCAGGGGGUUACGCAAACUUGCUCCCGGAUGUGGGAUCUGCAGCGGAGGACCCAGAGGUGGUUGACUUGGCCCGUGUGAUUCUCAGGCAGAUUGAGCAGCAUCAGAGGAACACAGCGGGAGGAAGAGGAGGAGGAAGAGGAGGAGGCAGAGGAGCGGCAGGAGCAGGAGCAGGAGGAGGAGGAGGAAGGGGGAAUUCUGGGCAAGGCGGCUCAGGAAACGGCAUGGGGAGAGGAGCGGGUGGUGAGUCGGACGUACCGAGGAGGGAGCAGCAGAUGGGUCACCCAUCAGGGCAGGACCAGGGAGGGCAUGGUCACGGGAAUGCGGGGAGCGGCAGCAGUCCUCCGAGGGACCUUUCCUCACGGAUUGCAGUGGCUGCUGCUCUGGCUAUAGCAAUGCUGGGAGCGGUGGGAGGGGAGUGUGGCAACCCGCAGCACCAUGACGUGUUUGCGCUGUUGGGAGGAGGGGAUACUGUCAGCAUUAGUGACUUUAUGGGAGAUGGGGAUGGGGUUGGCAAGUGA